GUCAACAAACUGGGAUUUAAAUAUUGAAAUCCGUUGCCUUUCUUGCGCGAGUAAAAGCAGCAAUUUGUAUUUCGCAGGAAAGUUAACGUUCAAUAUAUUUCUUUUCAUAAGGCUGGGAGAGGAUCCAAGUAAUUUUGUACGGAACACAAAGUUUUACACUGCAUAUUUUGCAAUUACCCACAAAAAAGUAACACAAGAUGUCAAAGGACGAAAAAGAAUGCAUUAUUCCAGAUGUGAUAUACGAUGUAAACUCUGGAAAAAGUUAUACCAAGGGCAGGUUUUUUGGAAAAGGUGGUUUCGCAAAAUGCUACGAAAUUAGGGAGUCAAAAUCGCAUCGUACAUUUGCUGGAAAAAUUGUACCUAAAUCACAAAUUACAAAAAGCAAUCACAGAGAAAAAAUGACGCAAGAAAUUUCCAUUCACCAAACCCUGAAUCAUAAAAAUGUUGUUGGCUUUUAUGGAUUUUUCGAUGAUCCACAUAACGUGUACAUAAUCUUGGAAUUAUGCCGCAAAAGGUCAAUGAUGGAAUUACAUAAACGUAGAAAAGCCUUAACAGAAUGUGAAACGAGAUAUUACAUGAAGCAAAUUUUAGACGGGGUAAAUUACUUGCAUCAAAAUAAAAUUAUUCAUAGAGACUUAAAAUUAGGUAACUUAUUUUUGAGCGACGAUUUGCAAGUUAAGAUCGGUGACUUUGGAUUGGCAACCAGACUGGAACACGAAGGAGAGCGAAAAAAAACGCUUUGCGGAACACCUAAUUAUAUAGCACCAGAAAUUUUAACUAAAGCCGGUCAUUCUUACGAAGUUGACAUAUGGAGUAUCGGAUGCAUUAUGUAUACCUUGCUAGUGGGUAAACCUCCAUUUGAAACGUCCAGUUUAAGAGAGACCUAUGCUAGAAUUAAACAGGUUCAAUAUAAAAUUCCUAGCCAUAUCAAUAUGAUUGCAGUGAAUAUAAUAUCUAACAUGUUACAAGGAAAUCCGUCUAAACGGCCUUCGAUAUCAAAAUUAAUGACAGAUCCAUUCUUUACUUGUGGUUUUAUGCCGCUCAGUUUACCUCUAUCGUGUUUGACAAUGGCACCUCGUUUAGAUAUGUUAGAAAUGCAUAAUCAACGCAAACCAUUAUCUGAAAUGAAUACUAAUGUAGGAGGAGAGGGACAAGACUUGGUAUUUCGAGUACCUAUUAGUCCAGCUUGUAAGACAAAGCCUGCAGAUGCAAUGAACGAAGUUCAAAAAAUGAAUCUCGACAUCAAAAAGAUGCUGCAGACGUUACGAGAGCAGCUGGCUGCUGUGUUAAAAUCUAAACCAAGUAGAGAAACAACUUCGUCAGCAGACGAAAUGACAGAUCCAGCUGCACAGCCUGUAGUAUGGAUAAGCAAAUGGGUUGAUUAUUCGGAUAAAUACGGUUUUGGGUAUCAACUUUCCGACGAUGGAGUCGGUGUAAUGUAUAACGACGGCACUCGGUUAAUAAUGUUAGCUAAUUGUUUUAAUAUUCAUUACAUAAAUCGCGAUGGGAAUGAACUGUAUUACACGGUCAGGGAAUACCCGGGUGAAUUAGAAAAGAAAAUGAAAUUAAUGAACUUCUUUUUGAAAUACAUGAAAGAACAUUUAAUGAAAGCUGGUAGUUCAGUUAGCGUGAAACCAAGCGAUGCAAUGUCUAGGAUACCAUACAUGUAUCAGUGGUUCAGAACACAGAGUGCUGUCGUUAUGCAGUUGACAAAUGGAACGGUACAGAUCAAUUUUCUGGAUCAUACGAAAAUUAUUAUGUGCCCGUUAAUGGCAGCUGUCACGUACAUAGAUACAGAGAAGAAUUUCCGAACUUACAGAUUUCAAACUAUACAAGAAAACGGAUGCUGCAAAGGUUUGGCGAAAAAUUUAACGUACGCUUACGAGAAACUUGUAUUAAUGUUAUCGAAUUCUCAAGCUCGAUAAUUAGUAGUGAAAGCUCUAGUAGUGGGUUAGGAAAAAAAAACAACAACAACAACAACAACAACACACAAUUCUGAUACAACAGUGUAUUAUUUUAGAUGAUAUCUUUUUUUCUUUUUUUUAAGUAAAACCUUAAUGAUGCCUUUAUAUUUGGCGAAUAACAAACCCAAGUAGUUAUUUUAUUUUUAUUUUAUUUUAUAGAAAUAUAUAGAAUUUUGCUAGAUGUUUUUAUUAUAACAGUGAAAGAAAACAUCUAUAAAUCAUGCAAGUAAUUGAAAUAAUUAUGCAGGAGGUCUUUCAUGUUAUCAAAGGACCUUUUAUGUUUUUUUUUAUCGUUUCAGACAAUUAAGUUAUGAUCGUAGUUGUUCGCCCAAUGACUCAUACUUUGACGUUUUUAUAAAAACAACGAAUAUUAAAUUGAUAUAUUUUUUCAUGACACAUAUAUACAAUAUAUGUAGAUACAUAUAUGUAUAUCGCUCCUCGUUAAACAUCCGAAAUAAUUAGGAAAGAAUAAGUUCUCAUAAUAAUAAUUGUCAUCACGCUUUGAUGGAGUAGUGCAAUUGUACAUUCGUUUAUUUAUCAGUAUACGAGAAGAAUAAGCGAGCUAAUUUUCAAUAUUUCAGUCACGAUUAAUAAAAAUAUUUGUACUUAACUUUUCAAAUUGAUACUUGACCAAUAAUUGAUGUUUCUAAUUCUACGAACACGUGUAAAAUACAUAUGUACAAACGACGCAUUACUAAAACGUACUAAAGCUUCCGAUUCUCUAGACUUUACAAUAUAGAAAUGAGGAUAUAGAAAUGUUUUUAAUUAUAAAAUUGAUUACACGGUACCUAGAUGAAAAUAAAACGAAGAUUUUUGAAUAGAAUAAGCAUAUCGAGACAAAGAGGACAAUACGUAUUUAUAAGAUUUAAAUUGAUAUUUUAAAAAAUUAUAUUCUAAUGGAUUAUGAAAGAA